AUGGGCUUCGGAAGCGGGGCGGGACGCGGUAGUGGAGCAGUCUUCCCAAUUGGCUUCGGAGGUGGGGGCUUCGCAAUGGGCUUUGGAGGCGGGGGCUUCGCAAUGGGCUUCGGAGAGUGGGCGCAGGAGGAGGGGGGCGUACAACAGGCACAGGAGGUGCGCGCAAAGGUUGUGGUGGAGGGGCGCGUAUGGGUGGUACAGGAGGUGGCCGUACAGCAGGCACAGGAGGGGCGCGCGAAGGUGGAGGGGCGCGUACGGGCAGUACAGGCUGUGCAGGAGGUGGCCGUGCAGGCGGCGUCGGAGGUGCACGCGCAGGCGGUCUACUCGCAAAGUGUUCUGCACGAGCUCUGUCUGCAGUCAGGAUCCAAGCGUUACUUGAGUAUCCACCAGCGCUCGCACUCGAAGACGAAUGCUCCUCUUGCAAGUCUUGAGGGAUGGAAGCAGCACUUCAAGUACAAGCACAUCUUUCGUAUCCCUGACGGCCGAGUAUGGAACACCCAACUCGGGAGCUUCCAGAAGGGGACCAGGUCAGACGGGUACACGGCACUACGUAUUGAGGGGAAAGUGGUCAAGAGACACCGCCUCAACUUCGAGAUUGCCACCGGAAGAGCGAUCAAGCCCGGCGGAUUCUCCGGGGGUCCACCAAGGGGCCGAGGGGCUACAUAUUUCGCUGGUGCCCUGAGCACCUCGCCGAGCAGUCGGACCAACCAGGCGAAGUAUGGAAAGAUGCCAUUUUUGCGGGGCAGCUAA